AUGGAGCCUGGAGGCAAUUUCUCUCUUUCUGAAAAAGCAGCUGUAAUUGAAGCAAAUUUGAGAGAUGAUUUUUAUUGGAAGCUGGUGGCAGACUUUAUUGGCCCGCAGACAGGGGAAGGCUUGGAUCUGGACAGAGAACUUUGCAAAAACAGACUGCUGAUUCAAAGUGGACUCAUGAGGGAGGACAACAACUUCCCGUGGAGCUCUUUAAUCGCCUGGCUGAAGAGGCUUUUCCCAUCUUACCAUUCGGCCGACUUUCGGUGCUUGAUCGAAAGAGGAAUCGCCACCACCUUGAGCUUGACGGGCGAAGCCAGGCAGGGUUUCCUGGAAUCAUAUGUUAACUUUAACUUUGUGGGUCCUAUAUGUGACAGCAUUGGUGUGGAAAGAGACCACCUUUUGAAAAUGAAAGACUUCUCUGAGCAGGCACAGUCCAUUGAGGUCACCAACGGAUUGAUCCUAGAGUUGAGCAACUUUGUGUCCAGGGAGAGGGUUUCCCCCAUCAACUUGGUCACCUGGCUGAGGAACUUCAACCCGGAAUACUGCAAAGAUGACAAAAUUCAAAAAGCUUACAAAGAACUUAAAAAAAAGAUCAAAAAGCUAAAGAUGUGCUACCACAGUUCUGACACGAGAAGUCACAGGCGGAACAUUGUAAUGGAGAAUAUGCUCCAAAGUCCGUUUGAGCUGGUGAAAGCGAGAGACAGCCAGAAAACAUUUGUGAAGAAGCGCUCACAGUCAUUGCCUUGUGACAAAACGAUUGUUAAGGAAGAAUGCGACGAAUACGAAAUCUCGUUUAGCAAGGAGUCUGAGAAGGUCUCACAAGUGUCGGAAUGCGGUGGAGGUGAGAAUGUUGGGGACACAUCCGAUAUAUCUGCAGCGAAAAAAGAAGUGUUUCCGUCUCUGCUCGAUGUGGCCAUGCUGUCUGUUCAGAAGCUGUCAAGGAUACACCAUGGCCUGACCAAAGAAUGCAAAAAGAUUUCCCUUGAACUCCUCAGGAAUCAGUACGCGCUCACGUGCAAGGUGCACCCCGCCAUGCAAAUGUUUGAAAAAUUGCUUUUCUCGUUCCACAAGGAGGUCACUCUGGCCUCCCCGGUGCUUUUUUUCCAUCACAAUGCCAAUUUCCUGGUGGACAUGCACGACAUGGUGGAGCAGCAGAUCAUAGCGUUCGAGAACGAGAUCAUUCAAUCGCGGGGUGCGAAGCUCGGCCGGGACUGUAACCCACGCUUCAAAAAGGUGAUAAACUUACCUGAGAGCGCCACCUCCCGCUUCAUCCACAUGGCCCCAGACAUGCUGACCGCCUGCAAGGGUGCUUUGCUGAAUUACAGCAAACACUGGGUGGCCUUCUGCAAGGAGAAGAACAACCCAUCCCUGCUAGUCAGGAAGCCGAUGACUCAGUUCAGCAGCUACUUCGAGGCCGCCGCCGGCGUCAUUCACCACCACAAGGAGAUUGCACUCUUCUUUUCAGACAUGCUAGCGCUCAACAACGACCAGGUCCCGAAUGUGCUCCUCGAGAGCUUGGUCCUCGAUUCCAGCGAUCCCAUCAUCCAGAGCAUCGCGUGCGUUCUCGCUAUCAUCUACUGCAAAGUGGUGGGCCCUUACUGGGCGCUCCUGAACAGCGCGGGCGAAUACUCCCUCUUCAGCCAGUACCUUUUGUGUCUCUACCAGAAGUUCCUGGAAUGGUCCAAAGAUCCUUCCACUCUGAUGGUGCCUGACAAUGUCACAAAUGUCUUCCUACAAUUCCCACUACAUGAUAAUACCUACACUGGCGUGUACCACUACUGUAACGAGUUGCACACCAACAGAGAUCUCAUCAGGGUCUUAUUAAAGAAAAUCAUCAAAGUUAUCACUAGCAUCGCCGCAAAACAUCUGAUGGACUUCCUGCCGGGAGGAUGUUUUUCCGAAGUCCCGUCGUCUGAUUUGAACAUCAAGCUAUUGAGCUGUAAGUUUGGCGUCCUGAUGGCAGACUAUCCCUACAACCAGCCCUUAAGGAAAAAACGCAACGGACACCCUGCGUACUCGGACAGCUCGGACGAGUUGACUUCGUCCGAUUCAGAUGAUACCUCUGAAGAUCCAGCUCCCGAUGCCAACGCUGAGGCAAAUUGGGUAAAAGUGCGUGGACGGCAGAACAUGGGUAAACGUCCGGUUGUCAAGAAAGUCUAUGAGGAAAGCAUGGACCUGGACUACAUCAGCGCUACCGUGGAGAGGAACGGGGGGCCGUGUCGAUCCCAGCAGGAUGUCGACAAGCUGAUGUUGCGCGUGGCGGACUUGAACAGGCAGGGGAAGCGAGAGGCCAUCCGCUGUGAGAUUCUCUAUCAAAAAAUGGUGCUGCACAACACUGACCCCAUCCUCAACUCUACUUUCCGCACUAGCACGGAAAUGAUGAUGAAGCUGAAGCUCACACUGCCCCGCCUCAAGCCGGGUUACUCUAUUGUUUUAGCUCCUACAGUGAACAGAAAGAUAAAACCCAUUGGUCCGAGCAUGAAGGAAGCUGCGAGUAGCGAUCCCACAGGUGUAAUUUAA